UGAACAGACAGGAACAGGACUGAUCAGAUACUCCAGCUUCAACCUGCGUCCUUCAACAUGAAUCCUGAACCUGUUGUCAUCGUUUCUGCCGCACGCACUCCAAUAGGUUGCUUGAAUGGCACUCUGUCCACGGUGGCUCUGCGUGACCUUUGUUCAGCUGUGAUCAAAGAUGUCCUGAAACGGGCCGGGUUGAAGCCGGAUGAGGUCUCUGAAGUUAUCGUUGGACAUGUCCUAACAGCAGGCGAAGGGCAGAAUGCAGCCCGACAGGCCAGCGUCGAGGCAGGUAUCCCUUACUCUGUCCCCGCGUGGAGCUGCCAGAUGGUGUGUGGUUCUGGGCUGAAAUCGGUGUGUCUGGGAGCUCAGUCUAUCCAGGCUGGAGAGGCCACUGUGGUCGUGGCAGGGGGCAUGGAGAGCAUGAGCAGGGCUCCUCACAUGUUGCACAUGAGAGCAGGGGUGAAAAUGGGUGACGUUCCACUGCAAGACUCCAUGGUUGCCGACGGCCUGAUGGAUGCCUUCCAUGGCUACCAUAUGGGAAUUACAGCUGAGAACGUGGCGAAGCAAUGGGGCAUCAGUCGAGAGGAGCAGGACCAGUUUGCUGUCCAGUCUCAGAACAAAACCGAGGCAGCACAGAAAGCUGGACAUUUUGAUCAGGAGAUUGUCCCCAUCAUGGUGCCAUCCAGAAAAGGUCCAGUUGAGGUGAAGGUGGAUGAGUUCCCUCGACACGGAAGCAACAUUCAGAGCAUGUCCAAACUCAAACCUUGUUUCAUCAAAGAUGGAAGUGGCACCGUCACAGCUGGAAACGCUUCAGGUAUAAAUGAUGGAGCAGCCGCUACUGUUCUUAUGAGCCAAUCAGAGGCUGCGAGGCGGGGAGUAAAACCCAUGGCUAAAAUUGUAUCGUGGGCUCAAGCAGGCCUUGAUCCUUCCAUCAUGGGAACUGGGCCGAUACCAGCCAUCAGGAAAGCGGUUGAGAAAGCAGGUUGGAAACUGGAUCAGGUUGAUCUAUUUGAGAUCAAUGAAGCAUUCGCUGCACAGUCAGUUGCUGUGAUCAAAGAGCUCGGACUAAAUCGAGACAAGGUGAACGUGAGCGGCGGGGCCAUUUCUCUGGGUCACCCCAUUGGGAUGUCUGGCAGCAGAGUGCUGGUAACCCUGCUGCAUGCACUCCAGAGGACUGGAGGAAACAAAGGAGUGGCAUCCCUCUGCAUUGGAGGAGGAAUGGGCAUCGCCAUGUGUGUGGAGAAGAUCUGAGAAGAAUACCUCACAGAAUGUACAUGAUUUAUUUUAAUGA